AUGGCUCCUCCAGUUGCCGAAGCAGAGGUCACCUCUGAGCAUACCAAUGAUACCCACCAGCUCACCCGGUCUCGGUGGUCUUUCUACCGCUCCAUUCCUUUCCAGAUCGCCAUUGCCAGUGGUGUUUCAUUCACUGCUCCUGGAAUGUGGGAUGCUCUGAACAACCUUGGCGCGGGCGGCGCUGCCGAGCCCUACGCCGUGUCGGCCGCUAAUGCUUUGGUCUAUGGGCUGUUUGCGGUUGUGUGUAUUGCCGCCGGUGCUAUCAACAACCGUAUCGGACUUCGUUUCGGACUCGUUCUCGGUGCGAUCGGUUACCCGAUCUACGGUGCCGGUCUGUACACCAACACCUACCACCCUACGACAUGGUUCAUGCUCUUCGGUUCCGCCCUGUGCGGUAUCUCCGCAGGCUUCUUCUGGGCCGCAGAGGCGGCCAUCAUUAUCGGUUACCCCAGCCCCAGCGAGCGUGCCUUUUACCUUGCUGUUUGGCAAACGGCCAAGGCUGCGGGCCCCAUUGUCGGUGGCGCGAUUAGCUUGGGUCUCAACGCCCAGCAUUCCGGAAAGGGAACUGUCAGCGCUGCCACUUACAUUGUCUUCAUUGUGAUCAUGUGUCUGGGUUUCCCUAUUGCGCUCUGUCUCAGCCCUGCAGAGAAGGUCCAGCGCAAGGACAGGUCUCUUGUUAUCGUCGAGAAGAAGGAAACCUGGGCCAAGGAAUUCAAGGCCGUGUUCUCUCUGUUCGCCACUCGUCGCGUCCUCCUUCUCCUGCCCGCCUUCUUCAUCAGCUACUUCUACAACGGCUUCAUGAGCACUUGGCUUACCGACUACUUCACCGUCCGAUCCCGCGCCUUCUCAUCCUUCUUCACCAACUUUUCCGGAAUCGCCUCCUCCUUCAUCCUCGCCGCUCUGCUCGAUCGUCAAUCCAUUUUCAUCAAGACCCGCGCCAAGAUUGCCUUCACCUCCAUCGUCGUCAUUCUCACCGGAACCUGGAUCUGGGCCAGCAUUCUGCAGAACCAAUUCUACAGCGCCCCGGAGGCCCCAGUUUUCGACUGGUUCAAGGGCGGAUUCGGCAAGAGCUACGCGCUGAUCUUCUUCUGGCAAUUCGGAGGCCAGGCCUUCCAACAAUUCCUGUACUGGCUGAUUGGCCAGUACAGCACGGACAUCUCGGCUUUGUCCUACCACUGCGGAAUCCUGCGUGGAUUUGAGGCUCUCGGCCAGACCGUGGCUUGGGCCAUGCAGACCGAAGGUAACGCAAACCACUUCGUCAGCAUUGGUCUCAACUUUGGUAUCACCAUUCUUGCUGUCAUUCCCACGUGGAUUGUGCUCUCUGAACUGGAGCACAGCCACGAGGUGCAGGUCACCUCGGACGACACGAAGACGGCUCCGGCCGGCGAGUCAAGUGCUUGA